AUGGGACCUGUGCAUCUGGACGUUCCAACCACCCAUCACGUAUAUGAAGGGUCUCACGGCGAGAGAUACAGCCCGCCCAUUUCGGGCUCCGUUCUGGUGCCAGUAUCCUCGUUGGACCUCGAUCAGGCGGAGUACCCCAACGUGACUGUUAGUCUGCUUCGAACUGUGACUCUGCGAAACAAUGAGCUGGCAUCCAGUGGCCACAACGACAACAAAAAGGGCGAUUUCCUUCAGCGGAUCCGCAGGAAACGCGUGCCUCAAACCCAGACUAGUGUCACUCAAGAAAAAGAGGGAAGCAGUACGGUAGAGACGCUGGUGCAGUGUCAGUUAUGGCACUCCCCAGAACCAGUCGAGUGGUAUGAGGACUCGGGCGCAGCCGUCCUGAAGUUUCUUUUCUCGAUACCCGUUCCAUUCGGCACAUCAGGCACCACGGAGACUCCAUUCGGAGGGUUGUCUUAUGCUGUCCGCGCUGCGGUCGCUUUGCCAUCUGGAGUGGCAGUGGACGUGACAAAGGACGUGCAAAUUCUCUCGCAGAUCGUGACCGGCCCCAGCCAGACUGUUCGGCAUUUUAAAAAGUACACUGGCGAGCGGCUGCAGUCGGAGUUGUCUCUGACCCCGGAGCAACCGACAGAUCCCAAAGCUAAGCUCGCAUACACUGCGAAGCUUGUGGCCCGUGGCACUACGGCGCGGGGUGCUCGCCCAACGGAAAGGAAGCAAUUCUUCAUUCGAGAGGUCCGAUGGAGCGUUGAAGAGACGGUGAGGUUGAUGAAAGUCUCCAACAGCGAUGGUCCUGACGGAGAGAGCAUCACUUGGAAGGAGAAAUCUGUGCGUCAGCUGUGCUCGGGAAAGCAACAGGGUCGCUGGGCUCCGAAUAAGAAACCAUCUGCCCAGCAACGAAAGCUCCACGAAGACCACCAUGACCGAAUUGAUGUUCAAUUUGAUAUAACCAUCCCCAGAAGUGCACCCACCGCCGAUCGACCGGAUCUUUCUUCAUGCACCUUUGACUCUGGAAAACCAUGUCGCCACGUGACCCCUUGCAAGUUUAACGAGGACUGCGCUGAGUCCAGAGGCGAGAGGACAACCAUCAUGGUUGAUCACCGGUUGACGCUCCAUCUCAUCGCUGGAGAAGACACUCUUGACGACAAGACCGGAGAUCUCAUAAACCGAAAGCAGUUUGCGAAAGCAUUCACAACGUGCUAUACACUCCCGAUUCAUGAAGUCGCUGGCCGAAAUGCCAUCCCGGAGGGUACCUUCCACGGCAACAGUGCUCCUCCAUUAUACGAAGGAGAAUCUGCUAUGCCUCCUGCGUAUGAUGUUAAUGCGCAAUAUGCACCCCCUUGUUAUGUUUAA